AAAACGCGAAAAUGAUUUAUCAUGAUUGGAAUAUUUUUCCAUUUUGUAUGCACCAACAAAAGGUGCAAAUUUGAGUCAACAUGUCGGGUUUCAACGAAAGGUUCUUAUUUUAUUUUCAGCGUGGCGUCGUAACUGCGCUUGUUUACAUGCUCCCGUGCAGGAGGUUCUAUGCGGAGUACGCGUCCUCGUGAACGCGCACGUCGUGACGUCACAGUCGUCAUGGCCGCAUGCGUACGGUGAAAAUUGGUGGUGGUGGCUGUACUUGGAGGACAUGACGUGAAUGUUUGUCCGGGCAUUUGUAUUGGAGAUGUCGGUGACGCAGAUGUAUCGGCUGGUCGUCCGUCAAUCGACUGCUCGCGCGUUCAGGAGGUACAGCAAGGCGUGCCCAGCGUUGCCAGAGCGAGUGCAAAUCUUUGAGUCUCUCAGGGAGCAAAAGGACAAAAAGAGGAGAGUUGAGGCUUCGGAAAAGCAGCUCAGCAUCCACAUAGGUGAAGGCCAGCUUGUGAAGGGAACAUCCGGGGUCACAACGCCACUCUCUGUCGCACAGAGUAUUCGUGAGAAAGGAGCCAUAGUGAGCAAAGUGAAUGGGGAGCUAUGGGAUCUUGGGCGUCCCUUAGAGGCUGAUUGUCACCUACAAUUUAUUGGCUUUGACUCGCUUGAGGGAAGACAGGCAGCAUGGCGGACAGGGGCGUGUGUGUUGAGUGGAGUGUUGCAGAGGGAGUUUGGUGCCCGGGUGUGUCGCGAAGGAGUGUCGGAGCUUGGCCUUUACUGUGACCAUGUGCUGGAGAACAGUGCCGCUGUCUCUCUUAGUGAUCUGGAGGAGAGAUGCAAGGCGGCCGCUGCCCUCAUGCUGCCUCUGACCAGGCUGGAACUCGACGCACAAGAGAUCAGUGAGCUCUUCCAGGAUGACAUGCUCAGAUUACAGCUUCUACAGGAGAAGAUGAACGGCCCCACUGCUACGGUAUACAGGUGUGGAGACAGCGUAGCACUUUGUAAUGGCCCCCUCCUCCCACACACUGGCCUCCUGAGGGUGUUCAAGAUGCUCCAGCUGUCAACUCUGACUCUGGCCGACCGGAGUGAGUGCCCGGGUUUGAUGCGUCUCUUUGGGGUGGCCUUUCUCAGAGAGAGGGAUAAGGAGGAGUGGGACAGGGAGCAGGAGGAGACCCGCAGGAGGGACCACAGACGCAUCGGCACAGACCAGGAGCUGUUCUUCUUCAAUGAUGUCAGUCCAGGAAGCUGCUUCUUCCUCCCUAAAGGAGCCCACGUGUACAACACCCUCACUGACUUCAUCAAGAGCGAGUAUCGAAGGCGAGGCUUCACCGAGGUCAUCACCCCGACUCUGUACAACACUGCGUUGUGGGAGCGUUCGGGCCACUGGGAGCACUACAGCGACAACAUGUUCACCGUGACCUUGGAGGGUUCUCAGACCUACGCGCUCAAGCCCAUGAACUGCCCUGCACACUGCCUGAUGUACGAGCAGCGUACGCGCUCGUGGCGUGAGCUUCCUCUGCGCUGGGCCGACUUCGGGGCGCUGCAUCGCAACGAGCUCUCCGGCGCUCUGGGAGGUCUCACCCGUGUCCGCAGGUUCUGCCAAGACGACGCUCAUAUCUUCUGCACACCUGAGCAGCUGGAAGACGAGAUUGUGGCUUGUUUGGAUUUCGUGAGGAGCGUUUAUCAAGUGUUUGGGUUUUCCUUCCAUUGCCUCCUGUCCACACGUCCCACUCCCUGCCUCGGGGAGCCAGAGCAGUGGGACCACGCCGAGCAGCAGUUGGAGCGGAGCCUGCAGCAGUUUGCCGAGCGGUGGGAGUUGAACCCAGGAGACGGAGCUUUCUAUGGGCCAAAGAUUGAUAUCCAGAUCAGAGAUGCUAUUGGCCGACAGCACCAGUGCGCAACCAUCCAGUUGGACUUUCAGUUGCCAAUCAGAUUUGAUCUUCAGUAUGUGGGGCGAGAUGGCCAGUUGCAACGGCCGGUGAUGAUCCACCGUGCAGUACUGGGAUCACUGGAGAGGAUGAUCGCCAUCUUGGCCGAAAACUUUGGAGGGAAAUGGCCGCUAUGGUUGUCUCCGGCGCAGGUAAUGGUCAUCCCUGUUGGGAUCAGCUGUGUCUCAGCCGCCAAACAGGUGGUUCAGCAGUUUCAUGAAGCUGGCUUCAUGGUGGACUUGAAUGAAGACAGUGGCUCCACCUUAAGUAAGAAGAUCCGCUCUGCUCAGCUGGCGCAAUACAACUACAUUCUUGUGGUAGGCAAUCUGGAACGCGAGAGCCACACGGUGAGUGUUCGAAGUCGAGGCGGCCUGCAGCUGGGCAGGCGACCUGUCGAGGAGGUUCUGAUGAGCCUCACACAGCUUCGAGACUCCAGGAGUAACCAGGAGACCUUUUAAAUGGGACAUAAGAAACAUUCUCAUCCAUUUCUGAAAUUACACAAUCAAGUAACUCAACCUAUCUACAUGAAACAUGUUAUCGUUGGCUUCUGAUAACUGACACAUAAUACUAUCGAUGCUUUUACUGUCUGUGUAUUGAUGGGGGGAGGGGUUUCCCUUCAAUCUCAGGCUCCCGCUUGAGCAACCUAGAAACCCCCUACCUUUGCCGUGCUCAUCAUGGUAACUCAAAGCUGACAGCGGGGCAGAGGCUGUUUUGCAUAGAGGCAAAGCAGGCUGAUUGCAAUGGCGCACGAAAAUUGUGUAAAUAUAGAAAGACAUAAUGUAUGGAAAUGUGACUUUUUAAUAGUUUAUAUUCAAAUAGGUCACAGGAGAGCCUGCCUACGCAUGAAGUAUGAAAUUACACAACCACAUAAAUCUUUUGUUAGCUACCUAUUUUAAAAAAUAGAAAAUCUAAAUUUUUGUCCAAUUUUGUCACAUUUUCACUAAUGUCUCUGUCUCAUUUGCAUUAGAUACAGUAAGACUACCCCUUUCAUACAGGCAUAUUUCAGCAAGGCGAAUAAAUGGGGUGUGAACUGCUAUCCUUCUUGAUCCUUGGGAUAUUUCUUGACAAACUCAUGUCACAGAAAUGUUAUUGGAGACUCGGCAUAUCCAAGACAUCUACAAACUAUUUGUGGAAAAAUUGCGUAUGUGUCUCAGGACAAUUCUGUAAUGUAAACCAUUGUUAAUUUCUGGUGGGGCACUUUAGCUGGGAGAAGUGCAGCUUCAUUUUCUAAUAAAUCUCCACAAACUUU